CAGAGAUCAGCCGUGACAAGACACACAACUCAGAGCUUCCUCAUCACAGAGACACACAGAAGCCAUCAUGUCUUCCACAAUGGUCAUCAGGCAGCCUCAGCCUGUAAUGGUCUCCCGGGAGUCUGAAGAGUGGGGAUCUGGGAUUUGUGACUGCUGUGACGACGUGCCCGAGUGUUGUUUUGGUUUCUGGUGCUGUCCCUGCUUCGCCUGUAAAAUUUCCAAGAAAUAUGGCGAGUGUCUCUGUCUCCCCUUGCUGGAAAUCUUUGGUGGCAUCAUCUCGCCCAUCACCAUGUCCAUGAGGGUCUCCAUGCGGCAGCGCUAUGGCAUCAAAGACACCAUGUGCAUGGACUGCGUGUAUGCGACCUUCUGUACGGCCUGCAGCUGGUGUCAGAUGUCCAGAGAGAUGAAGAGAAGAAACAUCCCCAUCGUUUUAGUCAGCGCCAAAAACACAUGAGCUCGCUCAUCACCACCACCAGGGCUUUUGACAUAUCCCAAUAAUACUCAACCUGAUUCAGCUGUUACUAACAUGUCAUAAUUAAAAUGUAGACCAAACCUCUUUAAGAAAAACAAGUGAAUAAAAAAGUGCUUGUAUCACUGA